AUGGCUGAGAAGGUAUCGGGAGCGCCGAAGAGCUGCUCUCGGCCUGUGGGCUCCCUCCCGCCGGAACCCAUCGAGAUCAUCCGGGUCAAGGCGCGGUCCCGCAGGGUCCGGAUCAACGUGGGAGGCCUGGUCCACGAGGUCCUGUGGAGGACCUUGGACAGGCUCCCGCGAACCCGUCUGGGCAAGCUGAGGGACUGCAACACCCACGACACCUUAAUGGAGAUCUGUGACGACUACAGCCUGAACGAGAACGAGUACUUCUUUGACCGGCACCCGGGGGCGUUCACCUCCAUCCUCAACUUCUACCGGACGGGAAAGCUCCACAUGAUGGAGGAGAUGUGCGCCCUCUCCUUCGGACAGGAGCUGGACUACUGGGGCAUCGAUGAGAUCUACCUGGAGUCGUGCUGCCAGGCCCGCUACCACCAGAAGAAGGAGCAGAUGAACGAGGAGCUGAGGAGGGAGGCCGAGUCGCUGAGGGAGAAGGACUGCGACAAAUUCGACACCACCUGCUGCCCCGAAAAGAGGAGGAAGCUGUGGGACCUCCUGGAGAAGCCCAGCUCCUCACAUGCAUGUAAGAUCUUGGCCAUCCUCUCCAUCCUCUUCAUCAUCCUCUCCACCAUCGCGCUGUCGCUCAACACUCUGCCCGAGCUGCAGGUGAUGGACGAGUUUGGGCAGGCCAAUGACAACCCUCAGCUGGCGCACGUGGAGGCGGUGUGCAUCGCCUGGUUCACCAUGGAGUACCUGCUGCGCUUCCUGUCCUCGCCCAGCAAGUGGAAGUUCUUCAAGGGCCCGCUCAACGUCAUCGACCUGCUGGCCAUCCUGCCCUACUACGUCACCAUCUUCCUGACCGAGUCCAACAAGAGCGUCAUGCAGUUCCAGAACGUGCGGCGGGUGGUGCAGAUCUUCCGCAUCAUGAGGAUACUCCGGAUCCUCAAGCUGGCCCGCCACUCCACGGGCCUGCAGUCGCUGGGGUUCACCCUGCGGCGCAGCUACAACGAGCUGGGGCUCCUCAUCCUCUUCCUGGCCAUGGGCAUCAUGAUCUUCUCCAGCCUGGUCUUCUUCGCCGAGAAGGAUGAAGACGCCACCAAGUUCACCAGCAUCCCAGCCUCCUUCUGGUGGGCCACCAUCACCAUGACCACGGUGGGCUACGGCGACAUCUACCCGCAGACGCUGCUGGGGAAGAUUGUGGGCGGGCUGUGCUGCAUCGCGGGGGUGCUGGUCAUCGCCCUGCCCAUCCCCAUCAUCGUCAACAACUUCUCUGAGUUCUACAAGGAGCAGAAGAGGCAGGAGAAGGCCAUCAAGAGGAGGGAGGCUCUGGAGCGCGCCAAGAGGAACGGCAGCAUCGUGUCCAUGAACAUGAAGGACGCGUUCGCCCGGAGCAUGGAGCUGAUGGACGUGGUGGUGGAGAAGGAGGAGAAGCACUACUUCUACCAGGACAACCACCUCUCCCCCAACCGCUGGAGCCCCGCCAAGCACCCGGCUUGCGACAGCAGCCCCUCCAAGACCUUCGAGGUGAAGUACCAGGAGGUGGUUCAGCUGGGGUCACCGGCUCAAGCCAACAGCCCCCGGCCGAGCCCGCAGAGGCUGAAUGCCCAGAAGCUGGAGGAGAUCUACAACCAGAUGACCAGGUCUCCACCCGCCACCUCCCCCCGGGUGGGCGCCUCCCCGCGUCACAAGCCCACGCCGAAGUGCGAAGAGGAGCUGGAGAUGAAGCAGGUCCCUACCCCAGACACCCUGACCCCGCCCUCUGACCCUCUGCCCAGGGGCAGGGCCCUCACCGAGGUGAGGAGCAUAUCCAGCGUAGACAGCUUCAGCAGCUGUGCCACUGAUUUCGCAGAGGCUGAGAGGGGACCGCUCCUCCCGGACGCUGGAGGCCCGGGGCCCCGCGGGCAGCACAGGGUCCCACCCCCGCCCCUGGACCUCAGCCGGAUCACGGCAGGCAGGGACAGGAAGGGGGGCCAGGGAGGCUUGAUCAGGGAUGGACUGUACGAGUUUGUCCACUCAGCAGACAGCGGUGGCGGGGCGGGGGACGGUAGUGCUGGUAGCAGCCUUUCCCCCGGGGAAAACGGGCAGGGGUUCGACCGCCGCAGCUCCCUGCGGGGCAGCAACCCCGUCAGAACCAGGGGCCUGAAGGUCAACUUCAUCCAGACUCCAGGAGAGUCCCCACAGCGCGUCAGCAUCGUCCUGACGGAGGACAGACCCCCCUCCGGGGAGCAGCCCCCCAGCGGGACAGACCCUGACCCACUGACAGGGCCCGUGUUUCCAGACGAUCCGCAGGGCCCCCCACCAUCCUCCUCCUCCUCUUCUUCGGUGAUCCUCAAAGGAAAGAAUCACCUGGAGGACCUGGGUGCGGCCACCCCGGCCUCCCCGAAAACCGCCGCGCAGAACUGCAUGCUGGGCGCGGCCAAUGCUGUCAUGGAAGGCACGUCCUCUGAAAGCAACCAGGGCGGGCACGGAGCAGACAACCACAUGUUCGAGCCUGACAUUCACAUAAAGCCGGGGGACGGUAGUUUGUCUCCGCCGUGUGAAACGAGCAUGUGACCGGCAUCGCUCGCCGACACAAUGAGAGGCGCUGGCAUAGCCACAGGGACCCACUUUUCGCAUGGCAGCAUGACAAGGCCCUUUUAACCGUAUAACAGCAUCGCCAGGACCGGUGGGACUGCCGUCUGCAGACAUUUUUAAAAAGCAGGUGAAAACUCAGAGCCUCUAGGCAGAGCAGACAUGUAACUGACUGAGGAGAUGUGUAAUCCAACUGUAAAUAUUAAACUUGUAUUUUUUUUUUAGAAAUGCACAGAAAACAAACAAAAAUAUCUCUGGAUGGCAUGUAUUUUAAAUAAAUGUCAUUGGUGGCUUAGUUUCACUGUAAAUAUGGAGGGGAACAAGGUACCGGUACAAAUUCCUAUAUUGCUGUCACUGGAUUGUGACAUUUACACAAGACUUUGGAAAUACUGCUGCGUAUUAUGUCCUUUCAAAAUUCACAAAUCAUUGUUAUUGUGGGUUCUGAAUGACU